GGUCAUAUUAGGAACUUUCCAUUUUUCUGUACAUUGUGAUAGCUUGUAGAGAGAGUGUGAGACGUGUGAGCCGUCAUUCUCUGGCGUCCGAAAAGUGUCGAGCUUCUUAAAAAAAGACGAAAACCACCAUUUGAAUUUACAGUUCAUUCAGAUUAAGUAUAUUUAUACCUCAAAAAUGUUUCUAAAAUAGAUGGAAAAAAAAAAAAAGACAAACUUAUUUGAAUCUCCUCACUUCGAUUCAAACUUACAAGAAAUGGAGUUGCGUAAAUGGCGGACUUAUUAGUCAACACUCAAAGGCUCAGCUUCCUUACACUGGCAUUUGGUCUCUUGAGUAUGAUUAGUUCUACUCAUUGAUGUCGAAAGUGUCCCCUCGACCACGCCUUCAACCAGACAAUGCUCCUAAGAUUUUACUUACAUGUAUUGCUUAAAUACCGCUGAACUUGUUUCCAAGCAAGGUCUUUGCUUUGUGCUAAGAAUUGUGUUCCUACUUUCUCGAUUUUGCAAUUUGCUCGAAAGAUUGUGGCAGCGACAACUGUCCCCUUUGAACUUUUUUCUAAAAGAGGUGAAAAUCAGCAAUUUCUACAUGGAACCACAAAAAAACCAAGACCCGGUCAAUUUCCGGUCCUCUGAACAUAGAAACGAAGAUCAUGGUCCCGACCCGCAAGUUCUCAUGGCUGAUCCUUCAAGUCAUGUGAACGCGAACCUGAAGCUUCCGGAGAUUUCUUUCUCAGAAGUCAAACCAGUGCUCAACUAUUCCAUUCAGACCGGCGAGGAAUUUGCGCUCGAAUUCAUGCGCGACAGGUUUAACCCAAAGAAGCUCACAGCAGAAAACUCCGGUGAUGCCUGUCAAGCUCCUGGUUACUUGGAGCUAAAGGGCAUUUUGGGAAUUGGCCGAAUGGGCUCUGAAAGCGGUUCUGAAAUCUCCACAACUGUCCCCGCGGAAAAGGAAUCGAGAGAUUUCACGCAAAAGAAUCCGACUGCAAAUGAAGACAAGGUUGGUUAUAACAAUGGCUCUUCACGUGCUCCGCUCACGUACACCUCGUCCGGAGCUUCUGACAGCUCAGCACCGAAGCUUAAGAUCUUAUGCAGCUUUGGUGGGAAGAUUCUGCCUCGGCCUAGUGAUGGAAAACUGAGAUAUGUCGGCGGGGAAACUCGGAUAAUCCGGAUAAACAGGGACAUUACAUGGAAAGAGCUGUGGCAGAAAACGAACGCGAUCUAUGAAGAGACAUGCACCGUGAAAUAUCAGCUACCUGGGGAGGAUCUUGAUGCCUUGGUCUCCAUAUCGAGUGACGAGGAUGUACAGAACAUGAUGGAAGAGUGUAAUGUUCUUGAAGAUGGAGAAGGUUCUAGAAAGCUUCGGAUGUUUCUGUUCUCUCCCGGGGAUUUGGACGAUGCCAAUUUCAGUCUAACCAAUGGCGAUGGAGAUUCGGAGAUGAAAUAUGUGGUGGCUGUCAAUGGCAUUGACUUUUUUGGGUCCCGGAAGGUCUCUGGUCUGGAGAACUCCUCUGGGAAUAAUCUAAACGAGUUAGAUACGCAGAAUGUUGUUAGUAGGGACAUGAGUAGGGCUGAAGGCCCUGAGCUUGCUGGGGUUAGUAGCUCGAAUUUGGCAGGUUUUGUUGUCCCCCCAUUACAAAUGGAACCUUCUGCAUUGACUGCGCCAAUUUCCUCUGGAAUUUAUGGCGCUGAUUUUCGGUUCUAUCAGGGUCAAACCGUGCCACACGACCAAGAAAGUCAGCAUCCUCAACAGUUUGGGUACAAUCUUCACGCUCCAUAUUAUGUGCCUGCUGAAACGAGUCUGCCUCAAUCUUCUUAUGUGCCUAUUCCUGAACAAAACGGUCUUGAAGGGAUGCCUCUUAACAGCUCGGGAAUACUCGGCAAGGACGUGCAAGAAAAAGACGCUAGACCGAAGGCCGAUGGCUUGAUUAAGUCGGAGAGCGAAAAACAGCUAAUCUUUGCUAACGAGGAAUUUGUUCCUUCACUGACGCACAGUGAUAGUGCCCCAGCUAAUCUACCUGUUGAGGAGUCAUUGCCCACGGUCCCUAAACUGGUGAGAGAGUUAUCAUCAAAGGAAUCAAAGGGCAAGGGGAUGCCCGAGGAACCUUCACUCCUCUCUAAGCCUCUCGAUACUGUUCCUCCAUUAUCCGGUGGCAAUGAGUAUCUUCCCUCAGGUAAUAAUGCCCCUUUUCCUGAACGAACCAAUUCAGAGUCUGAUCCUACUACUGAUUUGAGCUACUUCGAGUCUUCACUUCCUCCACAGAGGGUCUUCCGUUCUGUGUGGAUUCCCCGGGAGCAGGGAGAGUCUCUCAACAGAAUAUCGAAGUCGGAUGAUUCACACAAUUCUCAAUUUCUGGUUAAUCAAUCAAAUAAUGAUGAUUCUCAGCAGAAUUUGUUUGAAAAACUGCAGAAGGUGAAUUUGAAUAUUCCUACUGAAGAGCCAAACUCAACAGAAGGGGCUGUCCCUCAAGAAUUGGAAAAAACUGUUGUUAAUGGGAUUAGUAGAAAUCAGAAGCUGAAACAGAUGGACCCAAUUGAAGUUAAAGAUUCCAUACGAACCAAUCAUUUUCUCAAGGCAGAGACAGAGCCUGGAUUGAAGCUACCGGCUGUGGGCCUUGAGGAUACAGUGAAACACUCUGAAGAUUCUACUAUUCAGUGGGUUGAUGGGGUUAACACUCAGGCCAUUAAUAAGGAAGCUCAACCAUCAACUUGGACUGGAAAUCAGGAAGAACCGGUUGUUGGUGUUCCUGUGACCAAGCAAGGAGAUAUUCUUAUUGAUAUCAAUGAUCGGUUCCCACGUGAUCUUCUAUCUGAUAUUUUCACAAAGGCCGUUCUUUCUGAUAGUUCGUCUGAUUUUGGUCCUCUACCGAAAGACGGGCCCGGUUUGAGUGUUAACAUAGAGAAUCACGACCCGAAACAUUGGUCCUUCUUCCAGAGGCUGGCGGGGGAUGAAUUUACGAGAAGGGAUGUUUCUCUUAUUGAUCAAGACCAAGUUGUUUUUCCAUCUGUCCUUACAAAAGUUGAGGAAGAGGCACCUUUAGCAUAUGACUUUGUACCCCGGGCGAGAGAUGGAGUUCUUCCUGGUCACAGGGGAGUUCACGAGAAAUUUGGAGAAAAUAAUCAGAAAGAAGUACUUGCCAGUGGUGGAGCUGUCUCUACAGUUGUUCAUCCUGAUUAUGACGCGUCAUCACUGGUGAAAGUCAGUGAAGCCGUGCAUUAUGAUGAUUUGAUGGACAAUAUGAGAAAUCGUGACUCGGAAUUUGAGGAUGGAUUUGGAAAUGUUGGCUUGCCAUCUCUAGAUCCGUCUUUGGUGGAUAUUGAUCUCACCUCACUGCAGAUAAUAAAGAAUGCAGAUCUUGAGGAACUGAGGGAGCUUGGAUCGGGCACAUUUGGGACUGUAUAUCAUGGGAAAUGGAGGGGUUCAGAUGUAGCAAUCAAACGGAUAAAGAAGAGUUGCUUCACUGGCCGUCAGUCGGAACAAGAGAGACAGACUAUGGAAUUUUGGAGGGAGGCUGAAAUUCUCUCCAAGCUUCACCACCCAAAUGUGGUUGCUUUUUAUGGUGUGGUACACGAUGGCCCUGGGAAUACAUUGGCUACUGUCACAGAAUACAUGGUUGAUGGCUCUUUAAGACACGUUUUGCUUCGGAAGGACAGGCAUCUUGAUCGUCGGAAGAGACUCAUAAUUGCCAUGGAUGCAGCUUUUGGUAUGGAAUAUUUGCACUCGAAGAACAUAGUACACUUUGAUCUGAAAUGCGACAAUUUGCUGGUUAACAUGAAAGAUCCUUCAAGGCCUAUAUGCAAGGUUGGGGAUUUUGGUUUGUCGAAAAUAAAGCGUAACACCUUGGUUUCGGGGGGAGUUCGAGGAACUCUUCCAUGGAUGGCCCCGGAGCUUCUGAAUGGAAGUAGCAAUAAAGUUUCUGAGAAGGUCGAUGUCUUUUCAUUUGGUAUUGUCUUAUGGGAGAUUCUCACUGGGGAGGAGCCUUACGCCAACAUGCAUUACGGUGCAAUCAUAGGAGGCAUCGUGAACAACACGUUGAGGCCAACAAUUCCAAGCUACUGUGAUGCCGAGUGGAGGGCAUUAAUGGAACAGUGUUGGGCUCCAAAUCCUGCUUUACGGCCCUCUUUUACCGAAAUAGCAAGUCGGUUACGCAUAAUGUCCGCAUCAGCACAGACGAAGAAAUCGGCUACAUAACGAAAGCCUCUAUACUUACGACACCACAACAGAUUUGUUUGAUUCCAUAAACUUUUUUUCAGGGAUAACGUGUCGUAAGCGAGCAAAUUACCUAUAUAAUGUCAUGAAGUCAUUACAUAUUUGUAAAUUAAAGCUUUUGUGAACUUCCCAGUUGGAUUAGAGUGUGCCAUUUUGAGAUUGUUGUGUUGUGCUGGGGUGCUUGCAUUUGAAUUUAAAGUGUCAGAUUGCCUUGAGGGUUAAUUACUUGUUACUACAGACACAAGUAGUCCUUUUUAAAAAAUUAUUUCCCAGUAGAUUAACAGUUAAUGAAAAGAGAAGUCUAUACUUAUAUAGUUAUAUUAAAAGGUAG